AUGAUGGAAUUUUUUGAGUGCCUCGGAGUUGAUUUGGAGAUCUCAAAUAUGUCAUUCUCAGUGAGCUUAGACCAAGGCCGUGGUUGCGAAUGGGGUACCCGUAAUGGAUUCUCUAGUUUGUUUGCACAAAAGAAGAAUGUAUUGAAUCCAUAUUUUUGGCAAAUGAUUAGAGAAAUUAUCAGAUUCAAACAGGAUGCCAUAAGUUACCUUGAAGCACUGGACAACGGUCCUGACGUUGAUCGCAAUGAAACAGUUGGGCAGUUUAUUGAGUCACAUGGCUAUUCGGAGUUAUUUCAGAAGGCUUAUCUGAUUCCAAUUUGUGCUUCAAUCUGGCCCUGUCCCUUAGCAGGAGUAUUGGGCUUUUCUGCUUAUUACGUUUUUUCAUUCUGCCACGACCACCAUCUUUUGUAGGUUUUUG